AUGUCCAACGACAUUGAACUUGAAGACUUUUCUAGCAGAACACGUACACCGUGUUCAAACGAUGAGACUAAUGUCGAUGAAUCCCUUUCCAGCCGCCAAGAUGGAGCAAUAUGUCUCUGGGCUUGGAUUUCAGCGGCCUUCUUUAUUGUGUUUGCUACAAUCUUGACGCUGUUUCCAAGGUUUCUACUCUUCAUGACAGAACCGUCAGGUGGACGAAGUAUACUCUCGCCCCUUGAAUCCUUCCUCGCGGUACUACUUGGCGUUACGAUGGGCGCAGUCGCCCUCACUCUGGUAGUAACGAUUCCAAACGCUUCGCCUAUCGAUUUCCAGCCCGAGCAGCAUGUAAACUCGCAUCCACUCCUCGUGCCUGUCACUUCCGCCUCAGUUGUUUUGGCAUUUCUUUCUUACAAUAACACUGGUGUUGGCUCUCUUGGCAACUUCAUUUUUCUAGGGUCAUUUUUCAUUGGGUUAUUCGGACUGUGGGCGCUUCUUUUUGCGGGGCCAUCUGUGAUCUCGAAGAAGACUGGAGCUGACAAGCGCACCUCCGCAUUCAUGUUCGGGAACAGAAACGCGGCUUCCGUCCGCAAAAAGGAAUGGAGUAAGCAGCAA